CUGAAAGUGUAUCAGCAAUGGGCAGGAAGCUUGAUCUGUCACAAUUGACAGAUGAGGAGGCGGAGCAUGUGAUGCAGGUGGUGCAGCGGGAUAUGAGGCUGCGCAAGAAGGAGGAGGAGCGCCUCAGUGAGCUGAAGCGGGAGCUGGUUGAAGAGGGCAGUCGCUGCCUCCUGCUGUCACAACAGAGCUGCUUUAACCAGCAUUGCUGCAUCCACUGCUGUAAUUCCUUCACCUUCCUGCUCAAUCCCAGACGUCAGUGCCGGGACUGUGGCUACUAUGUGUGCAAGGCCUGCCGAGUGUACUGCAAGCAGGACAAAGCCUGGAUCUGUUGCACUUGCCAGAAGAGCAGGUUGUUAAAGACACAGUCGUUGGAGUGGUUCUACAAUAAUGUGAAGAAGCGCUUUAAGAGGUUCGGCAGUGCCAAAGUGCUGAAAACGUUUUACAGGAAGCACUUGGUGGAGCACAGCACGCUUUCUGAAUUGACAGACGGCAGCACCUACGAGGAAAGUGUCUACAAUGAGGGCAGCAUUUGUGGCAGUGACUCGUUCUUCUACAGACAAAGUGAAGAGCACAGCAUGGAGGAGAUGUUCAGUGUGGCCUUGCGGGUUGCAGAGGAGGCCAUAGAUGAGGCAAUUUCCAAGGCCAACUUUGAAGUUGGCACUCAGGAGCAGCUGGAUGAAGCACAGUACCUGCAGGAGCACAGAGCAGAGCUUAUUGAACAAGUGGCCAAAACCAUUGUGCAAAAAAUCGUUAACAGGAGGAAGAGUUUGACUGAGAUGAAGCCGGAUCACAGUCAGGACUGGAUCCAAGAACACCUUCAGUCAGUCUGCAUCCAAACCUCUAGUUUUAAACACCAAACGGACUGUGUGGGGUCACACUCUGCCUUCUCCAUGCUGAAUGAAGAACAUCCUCUGAGCCAGCACCCUCGUGAGGCAUCAAAGAAGGAAGGACUUGGAUCUGGAAUGACCUACUUGGAAAAGUUUAGAGUGGCUCGACAACCCCAGAGCUCAGAUGGGAACUGGAUUGCUCUGCAGAGCACCCCACUUUCACGUCCGGACCUGUUGACCAAAAGGAAGAGUCUGGUCUAUAAUGCUUUGGAGGUCGAGUCUGGAGUUGUCUCUCCUUAUGAAGGCAUGGGCUCUGACAAUGAAAACAAGGCCGAGCCUGAUUGCUUGUGGAGUGCCAUCCAGCGGGAUGUCUUAAGGACGUGGACCGAUGCUAACUUCAACCCACAGGACACAGACGACACCUGCAGUCAUCAAACCGGGAUGCUGUCUCCGCUAACGGGUUAUCAAGGUGACAGAGGAGAUCUGCUUUCAGAUCCAGAGGAGUAUUGGUACCAUAAUACAUCUCAAGAAUCACUACUGAGGAGUAAUUUGGGACUUGAAAUCAGGCGGCCUUCGUCGUCCCGUCGGACGAGUAUCAUUGAUGUGAACUUUAACCCCGAAGGCUCGGCAGAUAAGAACAGUGUGGCUGCAGAGGAAGAAAUGGAGAUACUUGGGAGAUCACAUAAAGAGAGAAGAAAUCAAAAUGAUCCAGCUUCUUCUCUGCCGAAUUACAACAAAAAAGACCAGAAAUCCAUUCAUGCUUCUGAUGCUGUGACCUCUGACAAUUCAACCCCAGAACCUUCUGAGGUAGAGAGUGACAUCGCCGGAUGGAGAGCCAGUCAGAAGGAUCAGGACGUGAAAUGUCAGUUAGCACGCCACACAAGCAAUUCCGACUCCUCCACUCCAGAAGGUGACGGAGUGAGGGAUUGUGGUAGGGAUCAAGGACAGAGGCAGGAAAGCAGACACGAAACGUUCUACUUCUCAUCUACUGACGAUGAGUUAGACAACAUGAGACAGAGUGAUGGAGAACAGACCAGAGAUGAAGCCAUGGAGGUCCAUUGGCUAGAAAAACCAGCAGGGGUGAACCGGUUCCCAUCCACAGAGGACGAGCUGCACAGGAGUGCCAGUGCUGAGGGAAAGAGGAAGACCGGAGAGGAUGAAGACUGGAGGACCGAAGAGCUGACGGCCAAAGUGUGCAGACUGGCAAAUGAAAUCAGUGCUGCCCAGUUCUCGUCCACGGAAGACGAGUUGGACAAAGUGGGACUCGAUGAUGAUAUGCUGUGGAAACUGCAGCGGGAGAAAACAGUCCAGGCCAUUCAGAAGUGGAAACGGUUCAAAAUGUUAAAAGUUUGCAGAGGAGGAGGAAAAUCAGGAGCUGGAGUUUGGAGAACAUCGGCGGAAACGAUGGCAACAGGCUCCAAAAUCCAAAAGGACAGUCAGCCUGCGAUAAAGAGGACAGAGAGGCAAGAUGAGGAUGAUGAAAAGUUGGACAGAAUAAUUAACAACAUGUUGAUGAUGAUGGUGAAGGAAGAGUACAGAAAAUCAGAUCUGGAGAAAGAUACAAAUGGGACGACAAGCCAUAAAACAGAAUUGGCAGAAUCGGGUCUCGAUGCCCGAUGGACACAUCAACAAAACAAAUCAACAUCUGAGGACAUGGACGAGACCAAAGCGUGUUUCAGAAGAGCAGAAGUAAGUGAUGACAAACAGGAGGUCAGAAGAAAAAGAGAUGGUACAGAUGAAGAAAGGAUAGAAACAGACAAAAUGCUCGAAGAGUUCAAAUCCAAACAUACAGAGUCCGUGAAGCAGUGUGCGUCCAAUCGUCACAAAGCUUUAUGGUCACUGGAGGACAAUCGAUGUAGGUCCUCGGCUGAGUCUUUGCGCAGUAUCACCACUGAGGUGCUUAAAGUGCUGAAUGCCACUGAAGACAUGCUGCAGGCUGUAGAAUCGGGAGACGAACCCAGACUGCCCUCCAUCUCUCUGCCACCAAACGUUGACCCCAGGAAGCUGGAUCAGCCGUUCUCCAGGCUCGAGGAAAAUGUGUAUAUUGCAGCUGGCACAGUGUGCAGCCUGGAGGAGGAGCUGAGUGACCUGGAGGAGUGUGCCAGAGCAAUCAGCAGCAACACUUCUGACAUGGAGCUUUAUUUUCUGGAAGAACAGGUGGCAACAGCAGCAGCAAAAGUCCAGCAGUCUGAGCUGCAGAUAUGUGACAUCUCUGCAAGAAUCGCUGCUUUGAAGAGUGCAGGGCUCAACGUGGACCCAAAGUCACGUUUGACUAAAGGAUGGAUCAGACCAGUGAUGCCAUUCACUCUGGACUCAUCUAGACACCUGAGGAGGCGAUUACCAGCACCACCAGUGAACGACGACAGAAAAAUUAAGUUAUCUACCGCCAACUGUCAACACAGCAGUGCCUUCACCCUGUCACUCUGCAGCCAGCCACAAGAGAUGUGAUCACACAGUCACAGCAGCUGAAUUAACACCGUUCUAAAGGAGAUCACAUGCACUUUAACACUAUGAUAGCGUUGAUUUAACACUGCUUUGGAGCUUUAUGCACUCACUACCAUGCCAAUUUAACACUGCAAACCUUACUGUGUGGGUGACAUUUGCCUUAAUCUUAUGAUACAAUAAAAGAUUUAAAAUCAUACAAUGAGAUACUUAUGUGUAUAUGUUGAACUUUUAGGUUGUGUACCAUUGUGGCACAAAUAUUACAAACUUUCUAAGCAAUGAGACUGGGACGAUAAAAUUAUUA